AUGUUUCAUUGGUUGAACGCCAAAACCCCUGCUGCUAAUACAGCCGCACCGGCAUCUCUGCUCGAGUCCACGCCUUCGCCUGCACUUACACUCGACGACUCGGUAUCAUCCUCACCUUCAUCUGGAUUCUUCAAGCAACCAGGCACGCCGACCAACGUGACACACUUGGAUCUCGGCGACGAUCGUUAUAAUAUGCCCUCAUCCUCCUCCCCUAUAAAUAUCGCCACGCCUUCUCGAAAUACGUCGUCGUCGCCAUCGUCGCAGGGUAAGAGGCCCGUUAUAAAUUAUCCCGACACCGAUUCGCGGACCUCAGCCAUGAUGAGUGGCACCGCUUUCGACAGCAGCAUGGGGAGAUCGCGACAGGACUCCUUUGCGGGCGCGAGACCGAUUGCCAUGAAUAACGCCAAUAAUCGAGGCCACGACGCACGACAGCGACGGGAGAGCAUGGCAAAUAGUUUGGUACAAGGCAUGAGCUGGGGAGGCGUUUCGGUAGGAAGCUGGAUCAGAGACGACAUCAUGAUGGCCGGCACUUCUCCAUUUCCAUACCAGUCUCCUUCCUAUCACUCCUCUUCGUACUUGCCAAAACUCGAAGCGAAUUUCAUGAAGGACUUUAACUGCUGUGGCCUGAUCCUACCUACCUUGCACGAUCUACUACAACACUACGAGGAAGCCCACGCCCAACAGACCCCUCAAUCGAUGCGAACAGCUUCAGCUGCGGCGCGCGCGCGAGACGGUUCCACCCCGAACAGCAAAGCUGCCAUUGCAGCUCAGGCAGCCUCGGCCGUCCAGCAACAAGCUCAGCAACAGCAAAAUCAUAUCCCAUCGCCUCUACGCACGACGAACUUACAGCUACCUCAAGCAACAACAAUCGCAACCCUCCACACCGGUGCAAAAGACGCUCAGCCAUUAGUAGAUACAGAGAUGGAUGGUGUAGAAGAUAUGGAGAUGGAUGAUGCUGUUGGACCUAUGGAUAAUGUUCCAGAUACACCUAUUCAACAACAACAUCCUAUUCAAGCUGCGCAACCAUCGCUCUUCGGACAACAGCAAAGACCAGUCCUAAAUCUGAACUCAAACGGCAUGCAGCACCAAGGUCUUCGAACGUCUCAACCCCCCACUCCAGCAACUUCAGGCUUCGGCUUCCAAAACAACCCAACGGUUUCCUCUGUAAACACCCCCACAUUGAGCACACAGCCUCUCCAGCAACAACAGACAUUCUCUCCCGACCCAUCUGUUCCAGGUACUCCUGCUGAGGACGAAGAAUACUCUCAAAUGCAGAUGAACAUGGCACAAAUGAACAUGAUGAAUAUGAUGAGCAUGAAUGCUGGAUUUGGAUUUGGUGGAAACGACAUGGGCCUCGAUUUGUGUAUAGACGAACCGGCAAAGCGAUUGUACAGUCCAAACGGAGGGGUCAGCAACCGGGCUUUGCAACAGCAAUUCUCGCAAUUCAACUUGGGUCAAGGACAAGGACAGGGUGGACAAUACGAUCAGAAUAAUGAGAUGAUGCGAGCCUACAGACAACAACAGAUGAUGGCUCUAAAUGCUAUGGGAAAUCCUAGUGCGGCUAUGAUGAUGGCAGCAGAGGAACACAAGCCGUUCAAGUGCCCUGUUGUUGGUUGCGAAAAGGCAUACAAGAACCAAAAUGGACUCAAGUACCAUAAAACUCAUGGCCAUCAAACACAACAACUUCACGACAACGCUGAUGGAACCUUCUCAAUUGUCAAUCCCGAAACAUCCACACCAUACCCGGGUACCUUGGGCAUGGAAAAGGAGAAGCCUUACAAAUGCGAGGUCUGUGGCAAGCGAUACAAGAACUUGAAUGGUCUCAAAUAUCACAAGCAACACUCACCUCCUUGCAAUCCGGAGCUUAAGCUUAACAGCCACAUGGCCGCUGCUGGUCUAGGUGGCAUGGCCGUCAAUGUUGCAGGUCUUCCUGGCAUUGAAGAAAGUCAAAUGAUGUGA